AUGAAAAACGGGGACAGUCUCGGUGGCGCAAUAGAGUACAGGGAGCUUAAUGUACGACCCACCGACCCAGUCGAGGAGGAGACCUUGAAUAGCGAAGAGAGGGAAUACUGUGAUUUGGUCUGCCCCAAUUCUCAUACCGUCUUCAUCUCAUACAUCGAUCAAGGACACAGAGCAUGCUUCAACUACAUUACCUACCAAAUCGAAAAGCGCGCUGAGGAGCGAUAUUUGUGGCGCAGCGGUAAAUGCCUGAACUCACCGUCAACUACCGUAUCGGAUGCAAAUUCGACGAUCCAUUCGACACCCAGUUCAAGUCUGACAACGAGAUUUUGGCGCAUCUCCGUGCUCGUGCCCGCCGAGCUUAAACUUCCCAUGACUGCCUAUUUUUGUAAUUUGUGCAAUUAUCGAGCAAUGAUAAUUAAAUAUUGA